AUGAGCAGCUCCAUCACAGCGUCUUGGUCGUCGGACACCGCGUCGGAAUCAAAUCCGUCCGCGGGUCUCCGUGACAUCCACCGCCUCAUCGACGAGUGCCAUGCAGUGCUCCAAGCAGACCCGUCCUGUCUGCAUACGCGCGCGGUGCGGGGCCACGCCUGCAUGAAGGCCAAGCUCUGGGACCAGGCCGUGCGUGACUUCUCCGAGCUGCUGCGCAGCCGACCGGACGACGUCCACGGGCGGUUCAGUCGCGGCAUGGCUCUCUUCCAGAGCGGCCGCGUGGACGACGCGCACCGGGAUUUCUCGCGCGUGCUCGAGCUGAGUCCCAACCACGUGAUGGCGCGCUACGCUCGCGCUGGCUGCUACAACUCCGAGGGCGAGUUCAACCAAGCCAUUCAGGAGUACACUCUGGCGCUGCAGCACGACGAGAUGGAGAGCGCGGGUGGCUUUCGCAAUGAGAAGCGCCGCAUCGGCAUGCACGAGAGCGCCGAGCACCUCAUCCGCAAGACCUUGGGGGUCUCGGCCGUCUCCCGUCUCCGCAGCGCUAAUACAUGUAGCCAUUCUCAAGAUUUGCCUCGGCCCGCCGAAACUCGAGCAUCGUUUGCUGGGUUUGAGCGCACUGCCGAUCGGUCUCAGCAGCAGCAGCAACAACAACAACCAACUACUCAGCCAGCACAAGAUGCGAGGCCACGCUCGGAGUCGGUGCCGGGAAAGCGACCGAGGAAGGUGGUGCAGGUGCGCGUGAACCUGAGUGACUUCGCGUCUGCAGCGCCUCAGCACCUGAACGAGCUCCCGUGCCGAAUAGCUCGGAAUGCCCGGUCAUUCUCAAUAUCUCACACAUCGAAGGACCUAACCAUGCUGACGGUCGGAUCCAGAGUCAACCGCAGCAACAGACGAUGGCACCUCGAGUUUUAG